AUGUACGAGGAUACGGAGGAUGCGUGUGACAUUGACGAGGAAUUUUACAACGCAUUGGCACUGCUACAUUCGACAGAGGACGAUAGCGCGGAGAAGCUUCGUAAAAUGCUGCAUACGUCCAUCGAGAAGAAGUACGGCUUUGACAAAACUUUGGUGGCCAGGAUGCCGAGGAAAUUUCUGCAGAACACGAAAAUCUGUGGGAAAUCGUUCGCCAACGAGACAUCGGAAACGCCUUGGCGUAAAAGAAGCGACGAUGAACUGUCCAGAGAUACCAGAAGUCCAUCAUUUCCUGCGAAUGAUAUGACGGAAAGUAAUUGGAAACCGAUGAAAAUAUUUGACGCGGAUGUUGAGGAUUGCAGCGAGAAGACGGAUAUUCCCAGGAUAUCUAUUCCUGACGAAGGAUCUGGAGAUGGACUCUUGUGCAAGGUCUGUAACGGGGCAAAGUUAGGGCCGCUGAUACUGCUGGAGUGUCAAGAAUGUCAAGAAGUCUAUCAUCCCCUUUGCCAUCAACCCCCUGUCGUCGACAUUGAUGUCUACGAUCCGAGAAUCGUGUGGCGGUGUAGAAAAUGUAUGGAUACUUCUUCAGCAAACUCUGCCGUUGCGUUCGAUGAAAAGAAAGUGAAAAGAUCUCGUCCACCGAACGACGAUGCCAGAGCCAAAGAAGCUUCUGCGAAAGUGAACAAAUCGAGCAGAUUGAAUGGGAAUCUUCUGAAAGAUGAAACUGAUAUCGCUGAUCAAACUUCGUCCGAUAUUUCUCAACGAACUGGUUGUACUGGUGAAGUUGCAUCGAUUACAAAAAAUUCUUUUUUCUAUUUAAACCAAAAGACGAGGACAGGAUCGUCGAGCCAAUUAAGAAAGCGAAUAGGUUCGAAACUUUCGGUCACUCGUUCCAUAACAAAGUGA